AAAAAUUUAAAACAGGAGAUGAUGAGUAAUUUUGAUUUUGUGGAGAUGAGUAACAAAAUGAAAUGUAUUUCAUCAUCCAUAAACUCUCGUCUCUCCAUCCUCCACCAACCCUCUCUCUCUCAAAAAAUUUCACUCUUCAAUCGUAAACUCAUGUCAAUUCCCACUAAAAUUCCCAUUUCUUCCCUCUCCGCCGCUCCAUUCCUCAACCCCGCAAAAACCCCCACACCGCCUCACAGAUUCUUCUUCUUCUCCAAGAACAUCACCUUUCAAAGAAUUUCCACAAAGCAACCCGUUUUCUCCGCCCCUCCUUCCGCUUCCUCCUCCGUCUCCCUGCAACCCGUCGAAGAGCUGCCGCCGAAGCUCCAAGAAAUCGUCAAACUGUUUCAGGCUGUUGAAGAACCCAAAGCCAAGUACGAGCAAUUGUUGUUCUACGGUAGGAAUCUCAACCCUCUGGAAUCCAACUACAAAACAAGCGAAAACAAGGUCCAAGGCUGCGUGUCGCAGGUCUGGGUCAGAGCGUAUUUCGACGAGGAUAAAAAUGUCAUAUUUGAAGCGGAUUCCGAUUCGAUGCUGACGAAAGGGCUGGCCGCUUUGCUUGUUCAAGGCCUUUCGGGCCGGCCCGUGGAGGAGAUUGUGAGGGUUUCGCCGGAUUUCGCGAUGCUUCUAGGGUUGCAGCAGAGUUUAACUCCAUCGCGGAAUAAUGGCUUCUUGAAUAUGUUGAAAUUGAUGCAGAAGAAGGCUCUGCAAUUGUAUGUUGAAGCUGAAAGAGGUGCAAGCCCUAGUUCUGAUUCCUCAGGAAUUGGGGAUUCCACAAAUGGAGAUAGUGGAAAUGGUGGUGCGGUAGAUAGUGAAAUUGGCAGCGAUUUGAAGGAGGAUUUGGGGCGUACGAGCUUAUUAGGUAGUAGGGGAAGGAGGAUUGAGGGGAUUUUGGAGAAAGAACUGAGGCCAACUGCAUUGAAUGUUGAGGAUAUAUCUUAUCAGCACGCUGGCCAUUCGGGGGUGGCCGGUAGUGAUGGAGAGACGCAUUUCAACGUGGAGGUGGUUUCUGAAGAAUUUGAAGGGAAGAGUUUGGUUAAAAGGCAUAGGAUGAUUUACAGCUUGUUGCAAGAUGAGUUGCAGAGUGGAUUACAUGCCUUGUCUAUUGUAGCCAAGACGCCAACCGAAGUCGAUGCUCAGUAAUGAAGAUAAGGCCUACAAUCACAUACAGUUUGAUUAUAGUUUUACUCAUAGUUAUUGUUGCAGAAAAUAAUGGAAGUUUAUGAGUUGUAACCGCUGUAACAGGCAUGCAUAAUGCAGAGCUCCAUAUUGGAUUGGAAAUUUUGAAUGUUUUGUUCCAGACAGACUAUACUCCAAACAUUCCUAAUAUAUGUUACUAUGUAUUUCUAUAAAUAUUAAAUUUGUGAACUGUUCGUUUUUUCCA